AUGCAAGCGCCAGGAGAAAGUGAAAAGAUCCAGAGAUAUGCAGUGCGUUUUGUGGGAUUGGCCAAUGUUUAUUACUUCUAUUCUUUGAGUAAAGGAGACAGAGGCCAAAGAUGUAUGAUCACUGUUGUGAUUUGGACUGGAUACUUGCCAAUGGAUGCUGUGAUAUUCCAACGACCAAAUGCUGCUUCUGUUUCUUUCCAAAUUUCCUCUCAGUUGGUUGCUCCUCCAUUGCGCUCUCUCUCCCACUCCCCACACCCACGACUCAACGAGACCCUCUCGCCUCUCCUUGCUCUGUUCGGCGUCCGCCUCGGCUCUUCCUCUGUCUUCAUCAACCGCGGUCUAGCUCGUCUGCGGCGGAGGUGGGCUUCGCUUCACGGCUUCAAGCGACAUCCUUUGUCUUCGUCUUUGUUCGGGCUCACGCGCCGCCGCACGCGCACCCUCUUGAGCUCGCUGUCUCGGCUCUUCCUCCUCUCGUCUCUCCGCAAGAUCGGCGUUGCUUCUCGCCAAACGUGGUUCCUCUCCGGGCAAGGUUCGUGUCAGCCUCCGAGUUUGAAAAAAAAACUGCUCAGAGAGAAGAUAUUGGAUAAACAGCUACACAGUUUGCUAGAGCAAUUGGUAGCAAAGCAGGCCCAAGCAGAAGCCUUGGUGAGUAAAGUUCAUCAGAAAGAAAAGGAACUAGAGGGGUUGAGUGGGCUGUGGAAGACGCUGGAGAGUAAUUCUUUGGAGGUGAAUGCUACGAGAAACCGGUUUGGAAGAAGCAUAUUUGACAAAGGUUCUGCUUCUUCAGAUUGCAUAGUUGACGUGCAACACAAACCCCUCUUUACCAUUGGCCGAUGGGACAGCCUGCAGAGGCCUGCUCUGCUGAGGUCGGGUUUUGUGCUUUAUAUUUUAGCUUUGCAGAUCCUAGUCUUCCUCAAGAUUUCUUUUUAAGAAAGUUUUCUGGUUUCCUGCGGAAUCAGGUGUAUGUGUUCCCUUGUAGAUGCUCUU